CUUUCCCCCCUUCCAGUCCGGACACUUUCACCCCCUUCCAGUCCGGACACUUUCCCCCCCCUUUCCAGUCCGGACACUUUCCCCCCUUCCAGUCCGGACACUUUCACCCCCUUCCAGUCCGAACACUUUCCCCCCCUUCCAGUCCAGACACUUUCACCCCCUUCCAGUCCGGACACUUUCACCCCCUUCCAUCCGGACACUUUCCCUCCCCUUCCAGUCCGGACACUUUCCCCCCCCUUCCAGUCCGGACACUUUCCCCUCCUUCCAGUCCGGACACUUUCCCCCCCCCUUCCAGUCCAGGCCAAUUUUCAGCUUUCAGUACUAUCA